GACAUAUGUUAUAACCAUUAUUAUUAAGUGAAAGUACACGUUUUGAAAAUGUUUGAAAUAUUGUAAAAUAAUAUAAACUCUAAAAAUAAUAUUUAUAUGUUAGUUAAUUUUAUGAUGAAGAUUUUUAGAAGCAUUCGGGAAAAAGAAACUGUACACCUAUUAUUAUGUUUUUAUACAUUUUGUGUUCUAUUAGACAAAAAUGAUUAUGGACUGGUUCAAGCUCAAUCAAUGCCAGUAGCACAAGAACAGCCACCACCACCUCAACCUACAGCACCUUGGUAUGAAACCUUACCAGCCGUUGCUAUGGAUUACAAAGUAAUUAUUGAUCCUGGUAAAGAAGAUUGCUACUUUCAGUUUGUGAAUCCUGGAGCUACAUUUUAUGCUAGUGCUCAAGUCUUGAGAGGCGGUGAUGGAAUGGCUGGUUUUGCAGUUAGACAUCCUAAUGGUCAAAUAGUACAUCCAUAUCAAUGGAAAGCAAGUUCUGAUUAUCAAGAUCAAACUUCUACUGGUGGAUACUACAGUGUUUGUAUAGAUAAUCAGUUUUCAAAAUUUGCAGCUAAAUUAGUAAAUUUAUACAUCACUGUUAUAAGAUAUGACAAAUGGGAUGAAUACCACAAAGAAAUAGAAGAUAUGAAUCUUAGUGUUGAGAAUUUUACAACGACUGUAAAAACUGUUGAGACCAAUAUCAAUACUAUGCUACAACAUCAAUAUCACCUUCGUAGUCAAGAAAAUCGUGAUUAUAAUUUAUUAGUAGAUAACAAGACUUAUGUAAAUAGGUGGUCUAUUAUGCAGAUAGUACUAAUUAUAGGAACAACUACAUUACAAGUAUACUUUGUGCGAAAAUUAUUUGAAACCAAUGCAGGCAGGUCUAAACCAAGAGCUUAGAAAGACAAUUUAUAUUAUAAUAUUUUACUUGUUUAUUCAAAACAUUAAAAACAUAAUUAUCUUUUACAAAAAUGUGUUUAUUUCAAUUUUUUUUCUUUAUCAGUUACUAUAAGAGUUGUA